CAUUCACGAACAUUGGACGAUCACUACUGAACUUAUCAAUUGACUGCCUAGUAUAUUUCCACAUUUGGCAUGAACAACUUCUUCUAUAUGCCCCUAGUUCACGGACCAUCACACUUAUUUACACUUGUCCGCAUUGGCCUCCCAUCUGCUAGCCACGUCAGUUCUUAUACCCCUGCUGUCAGGGAUUCGAAGUGUUUCAUACUUCUGUGUUUCACAGGGUUGCACAGUGCAAGGCACGAGAUUGAAACACUUGACGAUGGCGGAUACCCAGAGACUACAACGCUCUAGCGGGGAGAACAACAGCAGGAACGCCAUUGCCAUUGAACUUGACUCUCAUGCCAUAGACGAUGACUCUACUUAUGGAGAUGAGAUAUCUACUUACUCUGCGUCUCUGACCUCUUCUGUCCAGGAUUACCGUAUUGAGAAUGGACGACGCUAUCACGCUUACCGCGACGGAAGCUACCUUCUACCAAAUGACGAAGACGAGUCUGACCGUCUAGAUCUAGCGCAUGAGCUAUGCUUAAAGGCGAUGGGAGGGAAACUGUUCUUAGCGCCCAUCUCUUCCCCAGAGCGUGUUAUUGAUCUUGCAACCGGAACUGGGAUAUGGGCAAUUGACUUUGCCGACAAAUUUCCAACUGCGGAGGUCAUUGGAAAUGACUUGAGCCCCAUUCAACCGUCUCUUGUUCCCCCUAAUCUGAAGUUCCUGGUCGAUGACAUUGAAGAUGAAUGGGGUUACGAAAGCACUCCAUUCGACUUUAUCCAUGCCAGAUACCUUUGUCAUUCGAUCAAGAAUUUUAAGAAGUUGAUACAACAAGCCUACAAUUGCACGAAACCAGGCGGCUACGUAGAGUUUCAGGACUGGGAUUGCCGGAUUCGAUCAGAAGACGGUAGUCUAAAGGGCACUGCACUUCAACGAUAUUACGACGCAGUCCUAGACGCGUUCGAAAAGGCAGGAUAUCCAGCAAGUCCCGGUCGAUAUCUCGAGCAGUGGUUCCGCGAAGCUGGCUUUGUCGAUAUCCAUGCUCAGAAAUACCCUAUACCAAUGAGCGUCUGGCCGAAGAACAAACACUACAAAGAACUCGGUGCUUGGCUUCGUAUAGCUGUCACAGAAGCUUUCGAGGGAGGGGCUAUGGCCGUGUUAACGAGAUACGAAACAUGGAAGCCAGAGGAGGUAAAGGUUCUCGCUGCGGGAGCUAGAAACGAUCUGAAGAAUCGCGAUAUUCACGCAAUCAUGGACUUUUGGGCGGUUUAUGGUAGGAAACCAGAGUAAGAUCUACGUUGCCAGAAGUAGAGAGGUUGUUUUAUAUCUGGUUGUAUGACUGGCUACAUAUUUAUCGAAUUCUCCCCGAGUAUCUUCUUUAAGGCAUCAGUAAAGGAGUAAAACCUUACCCGCCAAAAGCAGGAAGAGGUGUCUUUUAGUAUCCGAGCCUACUUUCCCCCGAGAAAAGAAGCGGGCGAUAAUAUGAGCUUUUUUCAGUGGUUGUGGUUAGAUUUCCUUUUUUAGGUGGUAAGAAACUUCUCAAAAAGCGUCAUUUUCUGGACCUAGAUAAUAUUGAGCUGAGGUUGAGUAAGCAAUUUCAAAAAGAGUAUACUUAUCAU